CAGUGUUCUUCCCGUUAAAUCAUUGCUAACCUACUGCAGUAAACAACGUAUUACUGACCGAUCGAUCGGCUUCACUUUACAGACUCCACGUCGACAAUCAAAAUUGAAAAUGACUUAAGUCGUUGCAAAAGGAUGAGCUGCAUAAAGUUUUUAUGGUGGACGGUUUUCCUGCAUACUUCUUUUGAGAGUCAUCAUCCUAAUGUCACAGCACGGCGAGAGGCACAAGUGAUAUAUAAAUGCCAUCUCCAACACGAGCCCUGUGUUUGGCGCGAUGAAAACAAUUACACAUAUAAUCUUACAUUGCUGAACAAGUGGUUCCGCAGGAAAGGAUCAAAAUACGAUGGAACAUGGUAUUUCGGCUACAAUCCCUGCAAAUGGCACUGGAGAGGAGGCGAAUGUAACAAGACAAAUAUGGCAGCGAUUUGUAGGUGGCCCACGGGUGGAAAUAAGAGCGAUGAAUUUCGCUCGAUUGGAAAUGGGAAUCCAAGAUGCACAAUAAGACAUGAUGCCGUUCAUCUAAAGUACAUAAUAUCAGAUGGAGAAUACAGGAGUCGGUCAUCAACUGUCAUUUUGAAGUGUGACGAAGACAAAGUGCACCAGAAUGAUGCGAAGUUCCUGGUAACCAACGAAGACUCAAACUGGAGAUUUGAGCUGUAUCACAAGCACGCAUGUGGGAUUCCUCCUGAUAUUCCUGGAGGGGGAAACCCAGCCGGUUAUGUCGCGGUUUCAGUUGUUUUUGGUUGUUUAUUUCUGGUCUUCGCGGGUUGUUUAGUGCGGGGAAAAUACAACACCAACAACAACACCAACAACAACAACAACGGCAACAACGAAGGAGACGAUGACGAUGAGAGAAGACCAUUGCCAGAUCAUGAAACAAUGAUAUACAAUACAUUCGGAGAACCAAACUUGGAAAGCAGGUCCAGGCCUGUGCCUAUUCCAAAUAUAAGGAACAAGAAUCAAGCAACCUUCGCAUGAGAUUAAUUACUGUAGAUAUUGGAUUCCAAGUAUCUCUUUUAAUUCCUGCCUCGAUAGACCUUUUAAGCUUGAAGCUCAUAGGUUGUACAUUGGUCACGUGGUCAUAUGCUUGAGCAGCCGUUUUGAAUUCUACCCAUUUCAAACCACGUGACCGGUAGAAAGGUCUAUCCAUCAUCCUUCAUCAAGAUGAUAUCACUAGGAGGUCUAAGCUAAGGGUUCUGUUAUGGCAAAAUACCAAGGCCCUUAAUUAGAUGGAUUCCACCUUUAAAAGAUUUAAAGGAAUUAAUGCACUUUAAGGUGGCUCCUUUUCUUAAAACUGAGCACUUUUGCCUAAAAGAAUGUUAAAUCGGAGGGGAUAUGCGAUUAAAUUCACAAACAUAAACAGCUCAUCACUGGAAAAGACAUAAUUAUAACUCAAUUUCGCCUGAAAACGUGUAUUUGUGUACUGUCAUUGUGAAUAGGACAAUGGAAAAACUAUCACCUCAGAUAAUACCCCUCCACCCUCCACCUUAGCACGGCUGAACCAUUACAGCAAGUAGCUAUCAAGAAAUGGCUAUGAAUUAGGAUUAAGUGUGGAAAUUCUCUAAGGCUUUCAAAAGACCUAUCAUUGAUAACUGCCGCAGCCGCUGGAGUUUCGAGUUCUAACUCAUGUUAUCUUAUAAUAAUAAUAAUAGUAUAAUUAUUAAUAACAAUAGUUAGUAAAAUGAAUAUGUGUUGAUCAAGCUAUUUAAUUUUUAUCAUUAGCCUUGGAAAAAAAUCUCCUGAAAAAGGCUUAAGUGGACAACUUCCUUCAUUCAAAAAAUGUAAAUGGACCUGGCAAGGAGAUCAAGAAAUAGUACUUAUAAAAUUUACAUCAGAUUGCCCUGAUUAUAUUGCAAAAUAGCGCAAACUUAGUUCUAAAACUCAAAUUCUUAAUUUGCGAAAUUACUACAGCCUGAGCAACUUAAUAAAAAAUGAUCCCACCUGAGGGAAACAUUCGUUCAGGAAAUAAAUGGGAGACAUGAAUUAAUCAUGACUCUUUAACUUCA